AUGUCAGCAGCUCCUGAUACCAAGGUCCAAGACCUUCUCGCCAAGCCCAGGAGCGAGCUCACUGAAUAUGAGGUCGGUCUGGUUGAGGAGCACGAACUCACCGCCGGCCCGUUGUCUCUACUGCAGACCGCCACCCGCAACCACCAGCAGGUCCUGAUCUCUUGCCGAAACAACCGCAAGCUGCUGGCCCGUGUCAAGGCCUUUGACCGACAUUGCAACAUGGUCCUCGAGAACGUCAAGGAAAUGUGGACCGAAAAGCCUAAGGGAGCAAGCAAGGGUAUCAACAAGGAUCGCUUCAUUAGCAAGAUGUUCCUCCGUGGUGACUCCGUCAUCCUUAUCUUGCUCAGCUGA